UUCUUCUUACAUAUAUCUGCAUUUAAAUAGGAAAAAGGUUAGGUCCACUACAUCUGCUCCUAACCAUAAAAAGGCCUAGCAGCAUUCCAUUCAGUGGAAUCUAGCAACUACCAAAACCAAUCUCUUUCAAUAAUCAACAACAAUGACAAACUUGAAGCCUCUAAUUCUCUUCUUUUAUCUCCUAGCCAUUGUUGUUAUGAUUUCAAUACCAUCAAGCCACUGCAGCAGAACCUUGCUUCCAGAAAACGAAAAGCUGAUAGAGAACACUUGCAAGAAAACUCCCAACUACAACGUUUGCCUUGAGUCUCUGAAGGCAAGCCCUGGGAGCUCCAGUGCUGACGUCACAGGGCUGGCUCAAAUCAUGGUCAAAGAGAUGAAGGCCAAAGCAAACGAUGCAUUGAAAAGAAUCCAAGAGUUGCAGAGGGUGGGAGCAUCGGGGCCUAAGCAAAGAAGAGCCUUGAGUUCUUGUGCUGAUAAAUACAAAGCGGUUUUAAUUGCUGAUGUUCCACAAGCCACUGAGGCUCUGCAGAAAGGUGACCCCAAGUUUGCUGAAGAUGGGGCUAAUGAUGCUGCUAAUGAGGCUACUUAUUGUGAGACUGAUUUCUCUGCAGCAGGGAAUUCCCCACUCACCAAACAGAACAAUGCUAUGCAUGAUGUUGCUGCUGUUACUGCCGCUAUUGUUAGAUUGUUGCUCUAAACUAUAUAUACUUAAUUGUACUGUUAACUGUAAUGUGAAAAUACUAUCUAUUUUAAAGCUUUUUAUAAAAUGUUUAUUAUAUGUAAUAAAAUCCAACCCUCUCGUGAUUCUCACGAGUUCCCCAGAUAUCUAAUUUGCAUUGAGACAAGUAUCAUAGUUGCUCUUUA